AUGACUGGUCUGGGAGGCAGUCCGGGCUCUUCCGCGACUCAGUCCUUCAAAGCACUUUUGAGUGAAGGUAACACCAUCAGCCGGAACCUUGCAAAGGUGCCCAAGGACCAGCAAAAGCUCCUUGACAGACCUGACUCCUGGUUCACAUCUCACAAAGACACCAAUGGACCACCUAACCUCCCUGCCGGGGUCCUUGAAAGCCUCAGAGAAUUCCACGCAGCCCGUACCCUUCCACCCCCGGCACAGAAGCCAAGAGCACCUGUCUCGAGUGUGCCUUCCCCGACGGGAAACGCAAGACCAGCUGUUGUUCACAACUUCUCUGACCAUGGGCAGUCUUCUUCAUCUUCUUCCUCUCCUCCAGGAACCCCGGUCUCCUGGCCUUCAUCUCCAGAACGCCCUCGACAUUCGGCCAACCAACCUGCAUCUCCGACCCUUUCCAUCAAGUCCCAAAUCGGAAUCGAAAGUCAGCUUCCUGCCACAGCAGCAACGGCAAACCUCCCAAGCAGUCCUCCCCAGUUUUCAUCACCAAGCAUACCUGCCCCCAAACGCUUCGAUCCACCGGCCAACUUUCCUCAGCCAACUUUGAAGCGCCGCCGUGUUGAGGAAUUCCCAUCCAGCAGCGGCGGGUUCGAAGACGAACUGGAGACAGCCAUUCCGAACGCACUUUUCCAAGCAACGCCGCCCAUCAAUCGAAUCGCAGCCCACCUUUUGACGAGGUCUGAAGCUGCCACCAGCCCCCCGUGCGGACAAGGAAGCAUGGUUCCAUCAAGUUAUAAUGACGGGCGAAUGACUUUCAAAUCAUCGACUCCUAAGGAGAGGCGAAACAUGAAACUUAUCACCUUCGAUUCCUCCCCUGGGGCAUCCACUGCUGAUCGCCCGCUCGAAGCAACGCCAGAUGAGUUGCCUACGAUUCCUCUUUCUCAGCCCCGAGAGAAUCGUGUACCGGUAUCAUCAGGCCCCUGCAUCGCCUCGACAUACGCGGCCGACUCCCACCAGUCCGCUCAAGCGCCCCAAGUUGUUCACGAUACCCCGGGUGCUCCCAGAACCCUCGCCCGCGCUCCAGGAGCUGAGAAUUUCUUGGCUUCACAAGCAGAACCUUCGGGUUCGAAGUCAGGCACAGGUCUCCCGGAGGCCACAAUUACAGAUGAGCAGAGGGCAACAAUUGCAGAGGAACGGGAUCCCAUGAUCAUAGAAGAUGCUGAAGAGGAGACUAUUGGCAUGAAAAAGCCAGUGCUACGCGUGAGUAUGGACGAUCCCGUACGUUGGAAGAAGGCAGAUGACAAACGGGAACUCAUCCAGUGGUUGAAUGAUAAUUGGGCGGAGUCCGACUGGCUUCCGCCGCUUUUGCAGGAGUAUCGAUCCACUCUUUCCUUCAGCAGUCUCAAGACCUUGCAGAAUAUUACCAAGCUAGCCAUUGAUGGAGGAGUUGAUCUUUUGAGUCUAUGGGCUGAACCCGACGGCUGUCUUUACCGCACAAUCUCGAGGCAAACCAAUGGAAAGCUCUCCUUUCCUGAAGAUCUGAAUCACGAAGCUCUUGAGCCUUUGGCGAAGGCUUCACGACUGGCAAGAGAGAGAAGAGCUGCGCAAACCGCCAACCCCACUGCGCUACAACGCCAACCAAGUGGCGAGCCUUUUGCAGUCGCAGCUCCCGUCAGAGAUGAAGCGGCUGUGGAGAACGCAGAAAACGACUCAGCGAAAUCAGGCAACAUGUUGCUUCCAUUGCAUGCUCCUAGAGAGGAAACCUUGGAAUGCUUCUCGCAGCAACCCGCAAAGGCUUUCCAGAACGCAUACCCGUCUUUCACAGGGAGUGUUGCCGAUUUUGUCAGGGCGUGCAUUGUGGUCAAGGGACUUCAGCGCAAGCAUCAGCUUCCCAAAUGGCUGUACGAUGACUUCAUCCGGGCAUUCGUGGACGAUUACACUUCAUAUAUGGAUGAAGUAGAUAAGUCGUCCUCUAUUGCAAAGCCAAUGUCAGCCAUAAGAUGGUACGUGGCCAAUGUUGACCGGCCCGUCUAUCAGAAGGAAGUGGUAACGGCCGAGAAUCUGGAUCGAAUCUUCGAAAUCUACUCCGAAGAGGUCGGAGAAGCCAAGAAAUGGCUCUUGGAUGGAGUUUCGUCUUCGCCAAUCGUUCUUGAAACGCCGCAGAGGCCGGCCGCGAAUGUCUCGAUGGCGAGAAAGCACGCUUCACCGACGUUGCCAGUAGCCAGUAUGCGGAAGGAUGACACGAAGCAACCGCCCAGCGCCUCUGGCACUACGGUCCCCCGCUCGCCUGCUGAAGGUUUGCGUUCGCCUAGGGAGGUGCAAGCUGCAUCAGAGGUCGCUCAGGCUCCCAUAAUUGGAGAGCAGACCAGCGAUGAAGCCUCUCUACCCGAACCGAAACUGGACCCCGGCCCACAAGACAAAGGCAAACAACGAAUGGCAGCCGAGGAACCUCCGCGUCGUGUCUCUCCAAUCACACCAACGCUGCGACGUCAAAAGUCACCUACUUCAAAUAAUGAUGAUCUGGUUUUCGUUUCGAGCCACCCGCGAUCUCGCCCUACAUCAGUCCAAGCGGCCGGUCCAGAGAGGAUUAUCAAGCAUGAGAGCCCAAAGGUCCAUCGUACUUCCCCUCUUGAUCGGUCUACUCCACAGAAGGUCCCCGCCAUCGACCAAGCGAAUGGGACCUUGUCAGAGAGACGGCGGACUGGAACCGUUGCAGAGACGCCACCGCCAGCACCGAAGAACGCGGCCGCCUUUCCUGGAAACAAAGUGACAUCGGGAGCGGGGAAGACUGCCGUGCGUCGAACUCUACCCGCUUCAUUCGAUUUCGGCCCUCCUUCGCGUCCUGCGGUUAGCAGCCCGGCACGGAGUACCCUCUCCGCUUCUACCCAAGACGCACGAGUCAAGAAGCCGAAGAAAACGGAGAAGGAAAAACAGGAGGCGUACAGAAGAAAGAUCGCGAAGCUUUUCAAGCAGGGACGUCUUCCUGGAUCCACUCCUGCGCCUAAAGGCGGGGAUGCUUAA